AUGAUUAAUACAAGUAACAACAGUAGUAGUACUACAAUGGUUGGUAGUAGUAGUAACUCAUCAUACAAAUUACAAUAUGAUAGUAUAUUACAACAAUAUUAUUAUGUUAAUUUAAAUGAUAAUACAAUAACAUUUGAUUCACCAUGUGAAGUAAACCAUACGAUACAACAUAAGAAACAUUCAAUAAUACCAAAGUUACUCAGAAGAAAAUUAUCAUCACCAUCUUUAUGUAAUUACACUACCACUACAACAGAACAACAUCCGCCUUCAUUAUAUCGUAGAAUAAGUAAUGCAUUAUCAAUUAAAUCAAAUAAGUCAACAUCACAAGAAUUAAUAACAACAACAACUAAAAGUAUACAACAAUCAGAAGAACAAGAGUCACGUGUUAUUGAGGGUAUUGAUGAUGAAUAUCUUAUUAAUAAUGUAACUAAUUAUAAGAAUUUCUCCGGUACUUCAUAUGAUUAUAAUAGUGAAUCAGAAGGAGAACUUGAAUCAGUUGAUAGUGAAGAAGAACUUAAUGAAAUUAUACCUUAUUAUUAUCAAUCUCAAUAUGUAUUAGAACAUCAACAAGGUGAUACCAGUGUAUAUGAUAAUUAUGAUAAAGAAUUAGAAAGAAGAGAAUUACGCUUACAAAUGUUAAAAGAAUUAUAUUAA